AUGAUUUACUUACCUAUGAGAAAAGAAUGAUAAACCAGAAACAACAAUUUACUACAAUGAAGCUUAUCCACACUUUCAAAAUUGGGACAGAGACCCAAAUCCACAAGCACCAUAAAAUAAAAAAGAUUUGAAUUAACACGAGACAUAACAGAAACGACCUUAUCAUUGUGAAUAUACGUACACCUAAAAGCUCCUACAUUUAUUUUUUAAAUUUAUGCAUUCUCGUAUCAAGCAGAUGACUGUGUGUGCUUUUUUAAUAAACAUAAAAUUUAAGAUGGUUUGAUAAGUUUAUUAACCCUAAGGUUUUUGACGUCUGAUAGAGUGGUGUUUUGAUUUUGCACACGUACGAAUACCAGCAAGAAAAAAAUAGUUAGAAACCUGACAGAAAGCGCAACAUAUCCGUAUUACAACUACAAAUAAACACUAAAGAAUAAACAAAAACUGAUAUAAAAGAAGUGGAGAUAUGAAUCUUGAAACAUUCUAUCAAGAUGGCAAAAUACGUAUUACCUCUUGUAUUUCUACAACUUAUCUUAAUCAAAGAUAUUAUUUGUUGCAGCUGUGGCUGUGACAAGCCUGAUAAUUCUCCUAGUGAUUUUAGCUCAGAUUUUGCUCCUCCACUUUCUCCACUUCCUGCUCUUCCUAGUUAUGACCCAGCUCCCUCCAAAUUGUAUAAUGAAGAUUAUAUUCCCUCUGUAAGAAUCCAGAAACCGAUAUGUUAUUCUCCUCCCUCUCCACCUCCACCACCACCACCACGAAUUCCACCUCCAUCUGUUUGUAAGGAACUGGGAAUUUUAUCGCCUUCAUUCUUUGCACCUCCGACUUCUUCAUGUCAUUAUAACAGAGGUUCUUUAUUGCCUAUAUUAAGGAGGAAAGUUAGACCACCACCUUGUCUACCAAAACCAAGCUGUAUAAGCCAAAAAUUGGCGUCACUAUUGAAUAUGCAAAACUGUGGAGGCCUAGGUUUGGGAUCGAGCUUGGGAUUUAAUCUGACACCUUUGUCAGCUGUGCGAAAUUAUGGAUGCGGCUGCAGGCGCUGAUAAAUUAAUUUUUGUGUAAACAUUGUCAAAUCAUUUAUAAAAAUUAAAGUGAAAUAAAGAUAAAUACUUUUGGUAUUAAA